CCGUAUUAAAGCGUGCUUUCUACCAGGUGUUUCCAGUCGUUCGGUCAAUUUUAAAGCGCUAAAAUGGCAAGCGUACGCUGUUUAGAGAAACUAUUCCGUCUACAGAAGCUCCUGCUGCCCCUUCAUGCACAGAGCUGUCGCUUGCACAGACAGCUGCCCCUGGCUGCUGCCUCCCUGGCGCGUGGCUAUGCUAAAGAUGCCACAGAGAAGAGCACUGCAAAUGGAAGCUUAGAGGACUUUCGGGCACGCGAGGAACAGCUGGAAAGGGAGCGGGAUGCGGCCGAGGAGGCGGCUGCCAAAGCCACACAAAAUGAGACUGGGCAAGGCGCAGGUGGCAAUCAGCAAGAGUCUGGCGAGCAGAGCGCCAAGCAGGCCAAGGUGGAUGCCAUACGGGAGCAGAUACUCGAUGCGGCUCUGGAGCAUGUACCGCAACACGGCUGGACAAGGCAGUCGAUUGUCCUCGGUGCCGAGCAGUGCGGCUACCCCAGCGUGGUCCAUGGCAUGUUCCCCGAAGGCGGCUUCGCCCUCGUCUCACACUUCAACGGCAAGUGCAACGCCCAGCUGGUGCAGAGUCUGAAGCAGAAGACCGGCAGUGGCCAGCAGGAGGUCGAGAACCCGCUCGACUUCCUUGUGCAGGCCGUGCGUCAGCGCAUGGAAAUGAUUGCCCCGUACAAAGCCCAAUGGCCGCAGGCCAUGUCCCUGAUAGCACAGCCGCAGCAUGCGUCGACGGCGCUCGCCCAGGUGCUUACCCUGGUGGACGACAUCUGCUACUACUCGGGCGACCGAUCCGUGGACUUUGGCUGGUACACGCGACGCAUUGGCCUGGCGACCAUCAUGAAGAUGACCGAAUUGUACCUGCUGCAGGACACCUCCGCUGGCCAUACCCAGACGUGGGACUUCCUCAAGAACCGCAUGGACGAGGCCGUACAGCUGCAAAUGGCACUCUCCCAGACCGAGGGCAUGACGCACACCUUUCAACGUUCCUUCAACUCAGCUUUCAUAACGGCACGGAAUAUUCUGGGCCUGGGCUUUAAGCGGACUUAGCUCCUCGCCCAUGGAUCCUCGUCCAUUCAACGAUCUACACUUAUAUUAUAUAUAUACCUUAACUCUAUAUGUUUAUAUUGUACAUAUACGUACGACUUUCUUUCUUUCUACAAUUUAGCUGGUGUUUAGCUGGAGCUCAUCGGAGGUGUACUUUUGGCGGUGAUGAUUUAAGUUAUUAAAUGAAACUCUCAAUGGG